UGUGAUUAAAUCUAUAUAAACAUACAUAUAACGUUCGGGUAUUAUGUUCCAGAUACGCGCUCUUAAUAAUUGUGAUGAUAGCGGUAGUAGUAUAGAAAUAUCCGAAAAGGAUACAGAGGAAGCUGAGGAAACAAUUGUUGUAACCGAGUAUUUACGAGCUUUAAAUUUCAUGAAAGCCAACAAACUUGAAUGUGCAUUGUUUUUGUUUUUGGAAUUAAUCGAUACCGAAGCUCUAGAAAAGAUCAAUACUGAUAAUAGAGACAAAUUGUUUAUGGUCAAAUGCAACUGUUAUCGUAAUAUUGGUCGUAUAUAUCAAGAAAAGCACGAAAAAAGUGUUGCACUAGAAUACUUGCUCAAGGCUGCUGAGAUGGACGAAACAGAUAUGCAUACUCUGUACUCUUCAGCAAAAUUGGCAUUCAGCAUCGGAAACUUACAGCUUGCCAAGCUAUGCUAUGAAAAAUGUAUCGAACUAAAUCGGCACCAUUGGCCGAGUGUGGAUGGUUUACUUGAAGUAUUUUGUGCUACAGGAAACGUUGUUGAAGCUUUUUCUUGGGCAAUGCAAUGCUACAGAAUUGACAAUACAUACAGACGUGCUAUCGAUGUGUUGAUCGAUAUCAAAACACGUUUUGUUUCAACUAUUCCGUUUCUAGAGGAGCUAUUCGGAGUUGUGUUUGCUGUCGAUAUAAAUAUAAAUAAACAUACAAUGCAGAUGAUUUACAGUAAAUAUAAGACACAACUCUUGAAAGAAGUUUAUCAGCAUGCUCAAAUUUAUUCAUGUAAUGAAAUUCAAAAUAAUGAUUGGUUAACUUUGGGAAACUGGAUUAUAAAACUACGCGAUCACUUCGAGAUUUCAAAUCAGGAUUCUUUUGCCAUAAUAUUAUUAGACAAAAUGUUCAAUUGGAAUAAGGAGUCAAUCAACACUCCCGCAAACGAACUAUGUCAAUCAAUGACUUCUUUUGAAAGUUUGGCUACUUAUAAGGCAGAUACAAUGAAAAAAACAGAAUCGCUCAUGGAUGCAGAUUUAAAAAACCGUCGUCGUGGUAGUGAACUAAAGAUUUUAGAGCAGUGGGGAUGGCACAAAAAUCGUCGCUCGUCUCGAAAGAAAAACGCUUAUGAUAUGUCUGAUCCAAUCGAAUCGACGGCAGAUGCAUUCAUCAAACGUGCACUAAGAAAAUAUUUUUUAGUGUCCUUCGCCAAAGGCAUAUCACCAUUUUCAGGAGAAAGAUUUAUUUUAGAAAAUCAAUCAAUGGAAAGAACAAACGAAACAUUUACGAAUACAUUUAAAACAUUCUGUGAAAUAAGUCGGCAGGACUUAAAUUCUUUCGUUCAAAAGAUACAGCAUGAUAAUAUCGAUUUGUAUGGAUCGAACCAGCUUUACUUAUGCCAUUUAUCAUAUUAUUGGGACAAGUUAAUACCAGUGGAGCUACGGAAGUUGUAUGUUAAACUAUACAGUUCGUUCAGUGAGUUUGAAUGUUUUCAGUGUUGGAUUCAAUUCUCCAAUGUUGAUAUUUCAAACAGAAUACAAAUAAUACUGUUCUACCUUGAACUUCUAUUAGAUUGUGAAAUCGGCAAUGGGGCUAAACUCUUUUCAGAACUCGAAUACAUUCAGAUUCUUAAUCAUAUGAGGUUUUAUUUAUCGUGCCUUCCUGUGACACAAUUUCUGUUACAUCAUUCUCGAUAUCUGUGGCUUAGUUAUCUAAUUUGCAUGCAAAAGCAUGAUUAUUACGGAGCAUUGAAGGAGCUUGACCAGAUGAUGGUACUAAUUUUCAGUCAAUCAGAAAUACUGUACAUUAACCUGCCGAAUCAACAUUACAAUAACUUUUACAAUAAAUGUUUAAUUCAACAACUAAUCAUAGCACUCAAACGCAAAAUUAAUUUGUGCAGGGUCGAAAAUCUAUAUAACGAGAAGAAAUACUAUGAAAUAAUCGAUAUAUUAAAAGCAAAUUUAAUGUGCUUGAAUGAUACAUCAGCGGAUACUGAUUUACUGAGUAUAUCGUGUCAAAUGGAAGUUUUAUUAGAGUGUUUUUGGAAUUUAGGAAAUUAUUCGGAAUGUUUAAAAUGGACUGAAAAAGCUUUAAAGUAUAGUUUAGAUAUUUUUACAUCGCUCAACAACAGUUGCCAAAAGAAAUGUUUGGCAAAGACAAUAAAUUUUACACUGGACUAUAUAUUAGCCUUGAUCGAGAAAAAGAGUAUUGACAUUCUUGAAUUCGAAUAUCUACCACGGAUGGUGCAAUCAAUUCACGAGAUGCUCGUUUAUCUGCUUGAUCCUCAACAGGAUAAAUAUACAUGCAAUUUCUAUUCCGUUGAUUGCUCUAAAGCGUGGGUAAUUUUAUACUACAUAUUAGAACGCGAAGAUGACAAAGCAAUGGCGUGUCGUUUAAAUCGUAUUCGCAAUGAGACAUCCUUGGAGAACACAGAGGAGGAAACUUUAUUCGAUUCGAUAAUGAUAUUCUUUGUUGCUCACGAGCUUCUAGGAAGGCGUCAGUGGUGUUCAAAUAAUAACAGUUAUAUUCUUUUAAUGACACUUGAUGUCAUUUCACCUAAAUUACGCUCUCCAUUACUAGAGCCUUACCGCGAUUUUAUUACCGAAUGCUUAGAGCAAACAACGCACUGCCUUUAUGGAUAUCCUCAAAAGAAAAGCAGAACGCGUCACAUUCAGGAUCACGAAGCUUCACAGAGUAUAAUGACAUGGGAGAGAGCGGUACAGUUAUUUGAUAUAUACCGGCCAGAUGCGCUACCUGAAUUUAAUUCAUAUAAGAUUGAUUCAAUUUCUGCAGAUAUGGAAGCAAUGUUCAAACAUAUACUUUUAAUUUUUCCGGAGAGCUGUAACGUUUCGAUAUAUAUUGAACCUAUCUUUAAUUUUGUUAAUGGGAUUGAAGAUACAAUGCCUAAUGCUUUUUGCCAAAAAUUUAUGUGUUAUAAAAUUAGACCCAUUUACUAUCUUUUAGCUGACUACUACUUUAAAAACAGAGAUUUUUCAAAAGCGAUUAAGUUUUAUAUAAUGGAUCUUACUAUAGAAUCAACUAGGUUUGACUCUUGGGCCGGCAUAUCCUUAUCAAAGGCUAGCAAAUGUGAAACGAUGCUAAAUUCUGCCGAAGCUAUAAGGUGCCAAGAAUUUCUUGAAGAAUCUAACAACACAAUGAGAUGUUUUGAGCAAUGCCUAAAACUAAACGAAAAUGAUGCACAACUAAGAGUGGAAUACGGUUCAUUUGCCUACAACGUUUACUCGUUUUGUUCCAGAUCAAUCAAGCAUAGGAAUUCAUUACUUUCAAAAUACGAGUUAGAGCUCCUGGAAAUUAGAAAAAAAGUGUAUGAAGAUAUCGCAUAUAAAUGUUUCAACAUGGUUAUUAAUGAGAUAACAAGAGGUGAAGGAAAAACGACUCAUAAAUCUCUAGAAAGUAAUAACCAUGAAGAUGAAAAAUGGUUAUAUUAUUACAUGCUCGGUAAAAUUACGGAAAAAAGAAAAGAACAACCUGUUGUUUAUUUGACACAUUAUCUUAAAUCAGCCAAAAAUUUAUAUGAUUGUAACGCUACAUAUCCUAUUAAAGUUAACCACAGUAAUCCAUCGUACCUCUCCAUUGAAGCAUUAGAACUUUUCUAUCGCACGACAGUUGCUAUUCUGAAGUAUACAGAACAAAAUGAAAGAAUUUGCAAACAAACAGCGGUAUUAUUCAAAAAUGUUUUAAAGGAACUAGCUACAAGUCCGUUUGCAGUUAAUCGAGCAAAAAUAAACGAUAUUACAAUUCAACGAAAAAUAGGCAAUCAACAAACAGGUUCAUCUGUUGGACAGAAGCCGAAAAUUGCUGACAUGUUACCUGAGGACACAGAUUUUAAACACAGUGCUACAGAAUUGAAGCAAACUAUUCUAACUGAAACCACUAAUGUUCAGCUUAACCUGAUUGAAGAUUCUACUAAAAACGAACAUGAAGUUAAUAAUCUAUUUAAUACAAAUUUGCAAUACGGUUUAAGAAGAUCAUCACAGGAAAGCAUUUCUGCCACUUACACAACCACAUUAUCAACGAGUAAUGUGACAAGUUCACUCUCAUCGACUUCAGACUCAAUAAAUUCAGAAAUGGAUUCAACUUCAGAAUCAGACACCGAUAGCACAACGGACGACGAGAACUUAACACAAAUCGACGUUAGAGAUGCGAUAUAUAGAGACUGUAUAAAAAAUUUGGAAGAAUGCAUAACACGUUUCCCAGAACAUUACAAAUCAAUUUACCGUUUAGCAUACCAUUAUCUGUAUGCCACUGGCGCCACUAGAUCGCUAAAACGAUGUCGCGAGCUGAUGCUAGGUACUUAUAAAACCACUCUUGGGAAUGAAAUAGCAGGAUUAUUCACAGAGAGACGGAACAAUAAUUUCUUCAACGGAAUUUGGCGAAUUCCAUCUUCAGAUAUCGAUAGACCAGGCAGUUUCGCGUCGCAUCUUUCUAAAUGUGUUACCGUGCUGAUUCAUACACUGAACUUAAACGAUGACCACAAAACACUUUUUGAGUUGGCCUUGCAGCUUUACCGUAUACCUGAUACCGACAAAAAAUAUUUGAAUGAACGAGAUCGCAACACUUUGUUCCACAAAGGAAUUAACGCUUGCAUCGGGGUGUUCCAGAAAUCCCUCAAAAAUUGCUUAGCUCAAAACAACGAUGAUGAGUUCCUUUCGGUAUUGACUGAAAUAUAUAAGGCAUACCGAAAAAGUAUUAAGCAUUUACAAGGGAUAGAAGGCAAACUCUGCAAUGCACUUAUCGAUGGCUAUAAAAUAUUCGUGCAUAACAAAGCUAAAAUACCAGAAAAUAGUAACAUAUUAGAACUGGCUAUUAAACUCUGCACCUAUGAAAUUAAUUAUCGUAAAACAAUGGAUAAGUUGCUUGGAAUGAACAAAACCACUUUUACAGGAGUGGAAACAGCAACGACAAUGGUUACUCCAAUGCGACCAAUUUCAACGACCUUCAUACCAGGCUUAACAAAACAACGAAAAAUUCUGAUAACAAAGGAAUCACCCGCCCCAUUGACCUCGUCAACAAAUCAUGGAACACAAGGUCUGGCUUGUGAUAACUCUCAAUGCCAUAACAGAAACAUUCCAAGUGCAAAUGGGACGCAGCAAUCGUCAUCUACUAUUCUUAUACAUGAUUUCUUACCUAUAGAUACAAGUGUAUUGGAGAAGGGUUCAAAUUGUAAUUCUUUUCUUUAGCACUUUCAUAGCACAGACAGAAAAUAAGAUUUAAAAUUAACUUGAACAUUGAGCAUAAUAAAUUAAUCCCAUCAGCAAUACAGAGCAGAAGACUUCCGGUAGUAACAAACUUUUAAUAACAAAAAUCAUUGUAAUAAACAGUAUAGACACUGUACGUGACUGUACUAUUAACACUAUACUGUCCAGCUGUUUACGAGCCAUAAUGGCGGACGUGUUGAAUAACAUUUUUGACAUUUCAGUAAUAUAUGGCACGUUUUGUUUCACUACGUUCAGAUUUUUCAGAAGAGCACAAUACCUGGUGAAGAGCUUAUACAAAAGUUGAUAUAUUUGCCAUUAGAUUUGUAAGUAUAGUAAAUGUUACCGGUAGUUCAGUUUACUAUACCACAUCUAUCAAAUUACAAUAGCAAAAUUGGUAAUUUCAACAAACUUGCGAAAUAACCUCGUUUAUUUGUCAGCGAACAUUUGCAGUAUUCGCAUCAUUUCUGUUUCUAAAUCCGAAAUGGUUUAUAUCAAACCUUUUUCAAAUUGUAACGCGGAAUUCAACAUGAAUUUUCACUUAUUGUUCACUUUGACGACAAAUCCUAAUUCUCCAGUGAACGUUUUGGCGGCCAUGUCGAGUCGUGAGCGGCCUAUUUAGUUGAGGAUUGCUGUCAGACUUCCUGUGCGCGCGCCUCUGUUUCGUGCGACGAGAUUAUUUUUACUCUCGCGCACAGUAUUUCUAUCUGCAAGCGACGCGACAACGUAUGUCACGUACGAUUUGUUGUUUGCUCUUUUGCUUCUCCUUCGUUAACCAGCGGGGUGCGUUCGAAGAUUUCUCGUCGCUUUACAAGUUGAACGAGAUACUUGUAUGGCAUGUACGUGAGACAGUUCGUGCGCCUGAUCUCGCGAGACUUGCUCGUGUGCUUGUCGCGCUGCUUGUCGCUUCUCGCAUCAUGCGACUGCUGCUGGGUAAAGCUUGGGUUUUUUUUAUCUU